CCAGGAGGGCACUUCCGGCGCAGCGGAAUUCCGGGUACGCAGUGUGGCCGCUGCCUGGCCCGCCUUGUUGUAGAGGAGGCCCCAUGAGUGCGGCGCCCCUGGUGGGCUACAGCAGCAGCGGCUCUGAGGAUGAGGCCGAGGCCGAGGCCGAGGCCGGGGCUGGAGGCCGCCCUCGUGGCCAGAGCCCCGUCCCCAGCCAGAGGUUGCCAGUACCAGACAGCGUGCUGCACAUGUUCCCCGGCUCUGAGGAGGGACCUGAAGAUGAUAGUGCAAAACAUGGGGGCCGGGUGCGCACCUUUCCCCACGAGCGGGGCAACUGGGCCACCCAUGUCUACAUACCGUAUGAAGUCAGGGAGGACUUCCUGGACCUGCUUGAUGCAUUGCUGCUCCAUGCCCAGACAUAUGUCCCCCGGCUGGUGAGGAUGGAGGCCUUCCACCUUAGCCUGUCCCAGAGCGUGGUUCUGCGUCACCACUGGAUCCUCCCCUUUGUGCAGGCUCUGAAAGACCGCCUCGCCUCCUGCCACAGAUUCUGCUUUACUGCCAACCGGGUAAAGAUUUAUACUAAUCAAGAGAAAACAAGGACCUUCGUUGGGCUUGAGGUCACGUCAGGGCACACCCAGUUCCUAGACCUGGUUUCUGAAGUAGACAGAGUCAUAGAGGAAUUUGACCUCACCACUUUCUACCAGGACCCUUCAUUCCACAUCAGCCUGGCCUGGUGUGUGGGUGAUGCUCAUCUCCAGCUGGAAGGACAAUGCCUGAGGGAACUCCAGGAAAUUGUGGAUGAGUUUGAAGACUCCGAGCUGCUGCUACGCAUGCACGCUGAGCAGGUCCGCUGCAAGUCUGGGAACAAGUUCUUCUCGAUGCCUUUGAAGUGAGCGCCAGAGGCUCUCUUUGUCGCAGGCCCUGCUGCAGGCCAGGCAGAGAUGAAGGAGCCUGCUCAACUGAUGGGGAUAUUCCCAGCCUACCACUGGGAGGCCCAGCUGGAGGUGCAGCCACUCCUGGUGGUCCCAGGGACUGGUCCUCUCCUGGUCCUUUUGGGCUGCAGGUCCGGUGCUGCUGUGUUGUGAACAUUCCCAGAAGUCACCAGUAGAGGGCAACCUGGGCUUCCUGGUUCUCCGUCAGAGGUGGUUAUGCAGAAAAAAAAAAUGGGGUCACCCAGUGAGCCCACCCAUACUCAGCCACAACUCCCACUGUAGUCCCUCCAACAAAUGGCCCCUCUUCACACUCCCCCACUCCCCUUACAGCUGUUUGUGUUGUGAUGCCAUUGGCCUCAGACCAGCAUUUUUAAAACCAUCGUGUCCUGGCUUGGGCAUAGGAUGAUGCUUCAGGGUCUGUCACCCUCCCUCCUUGAAGCAUGCCACUUUUAUUUAUUUGUUAUUAGUCUUAUCCCCUCCUAUGCCAGCAGGGGCCAUUUCAGGGCCAAGGUACAGGGUGCUAAUUUGAGGUCCAGCCUGAGUUUUCUCCAUUCCUUCCUCCCACUCACCCCCAGUCAGGUGCCUGGGGAGACUUGAACAGAUGUUUUAUUUUGGCCUUGCUGGUGGUGGCUUCAAGCCAGGCCUCCAACAUUCUGUGACCUCUGGCUUCCCAUCAGCUUUCCCAAAGAGGCAGAGCGGCGCCUACCCCCAGCCCGAGUUCGCUUUCUGCAGCCUCCAAGUGCCUGCCGUGGCCUGCAGGCCUUCUGUGGGAACGUGGAUAACGGGCCAGGCAUUGCACAGGAUUUUUAUUCUUCAGGCCACCACCAGAGCAAAGGACCAGGCCUUUCCAGUCACCAUCUAGAUUUCUGGUGAUGGAUGAAGAGAUUUUGUUAUUGUUUUAAAUUAUGUUUGACAAAUAAAAAUUUCAGUUUUUAUUUUGGA